AUGACGAGGCGAGUGCUCGAACAGCGCCCGGCGCAGGAAGCACCUCCGUGCCGGGAACCAGCCGAUCCGGCGCCGUUCCCACGGAGCUUCUACUCAUUCAGCCUGGGCACCACGAUACGCCCUCGCCCAGGACGACGGGCCGCGUCCCGCCAUGCCCCGGCCGAUGAUGCCACCAAGAAGCUCAUCUACACCAUUGUAAAGGCCGACCUGCUCAUCCCCGGCGCCGACGAGCCCGUUCCCGACGCGGCCCUCGUCGCGGAAGCCAAGCUCAUCGUCUGGGUCGGCAAGCAGGACGCCAUCCCCGCCGAGUACACGCAAAAGUGCCGCGGGACCUACUCGGUGCCGUACCUGAUGCCCGGGCUCUGGGACUGCCACGCGCACUUCCUGGCGGGCGGCGACGACGAGGCCUCGUGGCCGGCGUACAUGGGCUUCCUGGAAUGGGCCGUCGAGGCCGGGCUGUCGAACCUCGAGGCCAUCCGCGCCGCCACCGCCAACGGGCCGCUGACCGUCGAGGGCCAGGCGCCCAGGACGGGGCAGCUCAAGGCCGGGUACGAGGCUGAUUUCAUCGGCGUCACGGCGAAUCCCGUCGCCGAUGUCCGCGUCUUGCAGAACGAGGAGAACAUCAGAUGGGUGUGGAAGGGGGGCAGGCUCUUCAAGGGCCCGGGUGUUGGCCCGUGGGGGGAACCCGCGUGGUUUUGA